AUGGGCGACACAUGGGCUGAUCCCGCAGCGGCCAACGAGCACCUCAGCGGCUUGCACUACGACGCCCGGCCCCUGCACGUCCUCGAUAUAAGCCGCCGCGCUGCGCGCCCGGGCGACGUGUACCCCGUCAAGCCACUCGCAGCCUUCGCUGUAGUCACCCUCGCCGCACCCGGCGCCGCAACGUCCUCCGCUGCAGCCGCGCCAGAAGCGUCGCCGAGCGCGUUCGCCGGCUCGGGCGCGGGAGCAGGGGGUGCGGAAGCGGGGCCGCCGAUGUGCGUGUCGUGGAAUGUCGUGGCAGUGGCGAGCGACGAUCCUCUGGCGAAGGAGCUUCAGGACGUGGCUGACGUGAGCAAGAAGCUGCCAGGAGUGCUGGAGGAGAUUCGCGAGUGGCUGCGACUGUGCGAGUGUAAAGAAUCAGGCGACGAGGGGCGCGUGUUCGGGUUCAACGACCGCGCCUUGGGGCGCAAGCACGUGGACGCGUGUAUCGCGGACAGCCAUGCCGCGUGGCAGCGCCUCCAGUCGUCCCUGCAGAAACCCGAGCCGUGGCUGCCGCGCGCGCAGCCGCCCAAGGUGACGACCAUCGAGGCGUUCUGGGCGCCGUACACGAGCAAGUAUAGCGAGGGCGCUUGUAACGCGGACGACGGGUCCCCCGCGGCGAUCCCGCAGUCGAACCCGAACGCGGGUUCGGUCGGCGCGGCGAGCCUGUCGCCGCUUUCCGCGGCGGCGGAUUCCCCGUGGGAGACCAUGCCGGCGGCCGCGGCGCGGUCGAUGCUGGCGCAGCUGCGGUCGCGGAAGCACCUUGCACGACCCGCGUUCUUCGCGAUGCGCGAGCGCCUGGAGAUGGGGGACGUGGGGAAGUUGGCGGGCAAGGGCGCGGGGAAAGCGAGCAAGAGCGGCGGAAGGAGCAAGGGGAAGAGCGCAAUUGGGGGAAGCGGCAGGCGGGAUGCGAGCGGGGAGAGCGGAGGCGGAUCGUUCGGGCUGUUCAAAAAGGGGCAUGGGCAUGGUCUUGUGCAGAGUCCGAGCGGGAAGGGGCUGGGAGGUGUGGCCGCGUCCGCUCCCCCCAAACCAACAACCCCCCCGCCCGUGAAGGCGGAGCCAGGCGCGCCCGCCGCAGCAGCGGUCGCGCCGGGGGUUGGCGCUUCCCCUGCUGCUCCCGCUGCUUCCCCCGCGGCUGCCGCUGCUGCUGCGCCAGCAGUGGUGGGAGUAGCGGCCGCUGGCGCAGUGGCAGCGGCAGCAGCGGCAGCGGUAGCAGUAGCGGGAGUGGGAGCGGGAGCGGGAGCGGGAGCGGAUGGAGCAGCAGCGGGAGUGGCCGCGGAGGGGGUGGGCGGAGCUACUGGGAGUGCGAUAGCAGCGGAAGCGGCGGGAGCGGAACCGGCAAAAGAGCCUUCCGCAGCAGCGGCGGCGGCGUCAGGGGCGGCUGCAGCAACGCCAGCCGAAACGCAAGGCGGCGGCGCAACGUUCCCCGCAGUAGCAGGCGCGGCAGCAGGGCUAGCGCCAGUGGGGAAGGGGACUGGCGGAACCGAGGAGGGGGAGAGGCGCAGGAGCGGCGACGGCGGAGUGACGGGAGGCGGAGCGGAGGGGAUUGGCGCGGAAGCAGAGAGCCGCGCUUCCGCGGAGAAGGUAGAAGGCGGAAGCCGGGAUGACGGGGAGCGGACGCCGCAGAAGGGGGAAGGUGAUGGCGAAAAGGCGGGCGGAGGGGAGGCGGAGAGGGGGAGGGGGAACAUGGAGGGGCCGCGGAAGUCGGAAGAUGGGGAGACGGGGCGGGAGGGGACAAGUGACGAGAGGGGGGGAAGGCAGGAGAGAAGUGGGGAGGAUGAGAGGAAUGGGGAAGAUGGGGAGCGGAAUGAGAGGGGAGUUGGGGGGAGAGGAGGCAGGGAGGGAAGAGAGGGGAGGGAAGGGAGGGAUGGGAGGGGCGCGGGUCGAGACGAGGAGGGACGGCGGGAGCGUGGCACGAGCCAGGAUAGGCGGAUGGGGGACGGGUAUGGGGACGGGGAUGCGGAGGGUGAGGGCAGGGGAAGAGCGCGGGACGCGCAGGACAGGCGGGAUUGGCGCGACGGGCGGGACGGGCGGGACGGGCGGGAUGGGCGGGACGUGGGGGAGAAAUGGAGUGGGCGGGAAGAGGGAGGGAGGCGGUCGGAGAGGGGGCGAGAGCGUGAGAGGGAGAGGGAGAGGGAGGAGGAUAGAGAGAGGGAGAGGGAGAGGGGGAGGGGGAGUGACAAGGAGCGAGCGAGAGAAGGUGGGUACAGGGCAGAUCGGGGGAGGCAGGAACGGGAGGAGAGGCAACAGGACGAUGGAUACAUCGCCGAGGAAGGGGACGGGGAGGUGGAGGGGGAGGGGGAAGGCGAGGGGAAGGAGCAAGAGAAGCAGUCAGAGGAGCGACUGGGUGACUCUGGGGACCGGAGGGAACGAGGGGAGCGGGGCGAGCGGGGGGAGAGGGCGGGGAGGAGCUAUGGGCGCGCGGGGGAGGAGGGGGAGAGGCAAGGGCUGGUGCGGCGGGACUCAGAUGACCGUGACAGUGAGAAGGCUGCUGCUUGCGUGCACAGCUGCUUGUGCACUCUUGGCUUGCGCACUCUUGGCUUGUGCACUCUUGGCUUGCGCACUCUUGGCUUGCGCACUCUUGGCUUGUGCACUCUUGGCUUGCGCACUCUUGGCUUGUGCACUCUUGGCUUGUGCACUCUUGGCUUGCGCACUCUUGGCUUGCGCACUCUUGGCUUGCGCACUCUUGGCUUGCGCACUCUUGGAUUGUGCACUCUUGGCUUGCGCACUCUUGGCUUGCGCACUCUUGGCUUGUGCACUCUUGGCUUGUGCACUCUUGGCUUGCGCACUCUUGGCUUGUGCACUCUUGGCUUGCGCACUCUUGGCUUGUGCACUCUUGGCUUGUGCACUCUUGGCUUGUGCACUCUUGGCUUGCGCACUCUUGGCUUGUGCACUCUUGGCUUGCGCACUCUUGGCUUGUGCACUCUUGGCUUGUGCACUCUUGAGGGUCAGAGGCGCCUUGCAAGGCCGGGGGCGACAUGGGCGAAGCUCAAGUGGCAAGAGAAGGACGGCGGCGCCGCAGACAGCAACGACACCAGCACCAGCAGCCGCUCCCCCGCCUCCUCCUCCUCCACCUCGCGCUACUCCUCCCACCACCACCACCAGAACGGCCGCGACGGCCGCGAGGGGGGGCGCGAGGGGGGGCGGGAAGGCCGUGACGGGCCGCGCAGCACCACGAGCACGAGCAGCAGCCUGAUGGCGCAGCGAGAGGAGCUUCGUGCAGAGCUCUUCCAGAAGUCUCUUUCUGGGAACCGUGCGCCUCUCCCCACGCUUGUGCGCCGCGCCAGCUUGGAAUCUGCUGAGCCAGGUGGGUCCCGGGGCCCGAGGAUCCGCGGGCGGCCGGGCGGGGCGCGCAUGCUGCACAGAACGCUCACGGAGGAGCAGCAGGAGGAGUCGCGCGGGUCGUACGAGGAGCGGAGCGCGGACGUGCGGGAUAGUGCUCUGUAUAGGACUCUAUCCGGGCAGAGUGGGCAGCCGGAGGUGCAUGGGAUGACGGGGUAUAGACGGGGGAUCGGCGGUGGGGGUCUGGGUGUGGGUCGCGAGGGGAGCAGAUGGGCGCCGGGAGGGGGAGGGGGAGGGGGAGGAGGGCUUGGGGGGACGCUUGGGCGGAGGGAGUCGGGGGAAUGGUCGGAUGAAGGGGGGCUGUCCGGUGGAGAGGGGUCGGGUCCGGUGCUGCAGCGCACCAACACGAAUGAUAGUCUCAAGUCGGCGGGGGUGCGGAGCGAGGCAGGGAUCAGCAUAGGGCGUGCUCCCGCUUAUAUGAUGAUGCGUGAUGGCGGGGGGUACAUGAGAGACUCAGGGCUUGUGAGGGAUAACAGCGGGGGAGGAGGAGGAGGUGGGGGGAACCGGCUGCUGCGCAAGCAUUUGAGCGGGCAGGGGAUGAAUGCGUUUCAUGGGGAGGAGGAGAUGGAGGAGGAGAGAGGAGGGUGGGGGGGCCGGGGCAGACGGUACGAGCAUGAGCGGGAGAAAGGCGGCGGGGAGGGUGGACAGGGGGAUAUUGGGCGGGACCGCAGGCUGAGUCCGGCUCGCAUGGGGGAGUAUGAUGGGAGGGGCGGGAGAGGUGGUGGCGGAGGGAGGCGUGCGAGAGGGGAGACGAGGGAGGGUGGGAUUAGUUCUGGGAGCAUAGGAGGAGGGGGAGAGAGGGGAGGAGAGAGGGGAGGGAGGGCGGUGUCUCGCAGCCCGCGAGGGAAGAGAGGGGAGGAGGAUGGAGGGGGGUGGAAGGAGAGAAGGGAGGAGGAGGAGGAGGAUGAGGGGAGCCCGAAUUUCAGUCCAGUGAGGGGCAUGGGCAAGGCAGGGGUUGCUGCUGCUACCAGGAGGGAAAAAUGCCAGGACUGA